UGAAUUUAUACCAGUUAAUUAAUUUUUAGAUGGACACGAAAAAGUUUUAUAAUUUAUCAAAUCCUCGAGAUGUUGAAUUUUUGCUCUCUACAAUCAACGACGAUAUGGCUGUAGACUCUGAUGUUGGAGGUGAUGAUGAUGCUGACGAUAAUAUUCCUUCGUCCAGAUGUUCAAUUGCUCCAAGUACUUCAACUUCAUUCAGCAAUCAAUUUGAAGACAGUGAUAAUGAAGAUAGUGAGUCAAGUGAAGCAAAACCGCCCAUGUUUCAAGGAAGUACAUUUGACAGACCUUUCGGAAUAUCUAAGAAAGCCCAGUUUGAUAUUACAAAUCCACUAAGCAUUUUCCUCAAUGUAAUGACAAAUUUAUUCCUGCAGUAUAUUGUUGACCAGUCUAACUUGUACGCCAUACAAAGAGGUACAGUGUUAGGAUUGACAUUAGAUGAAUUGAAAGCCUACUUAGGUAUACUAAUAAUAAUGGGUUUUCAUACACUUCCCAGCAUUAGACAUUACUGGAGUAAGGAAAGUAAUUUUGGUGUUCAAGGGCCGCAGUACUCUGAAACAGUACAUGCCCAUGAAACCCAUCAAACGGGGUUUCUAAGUUUGGGUAAUAGCAUGUGCUGUUACAGGGUACUGCUUGGGAAUGGCCGUAUACGAAGGAGCAGAACCAAAUGUUGAUAAAGGUACAUCUCUUGGUGAGAGAGUUAUAAACAAAUUAUCAGCUUUUGUAGAAGGUUUUGGUUACUGCCUUUUCUUUGAUAAUUUUUUUUCAUCUAUAAUAAUGUCCAGAAAACUUUUGCGCAAGAACUUUUUCAUGAAAAGUGGAGAAUGUGAUGGAGUUAUUGACGGGAAUGUUGCCGUUUCCAAAUGAAAAGAUGUAACAAGUUCAUUUCUUCUUUGCAUCAUUCCGUAUUUUACAUUCGGUACGCCCUGUAUAUAAAUUUCUACUUCUAUGCGUUGGAUUAGUUCCGCCAGGUGGCAGGACCUUACAGCGCGAUCCAAAAUUGUACAUGCUUUUUCUUUCCGAUUCCGACUCUGAUCGAACGAACAACUAAGCCGUUCUGCGUGAGAAAAGAAAAACACGUGGGUAAUCUUUGCCACCACUGUUAGUUAAAAACUUUGGCAAUUCUACCCGUAUUAAUUGCGAGACAAGUAGUCUGCAGCAUUUUACCGUUCA